GAGAAACAGUAGUGAUGAUCGACGCCAGGCUGCCACCACUCUGUAGCAGUGAGUGGCUGCAACAAAGAGCACAGAAUAACAUCCCUGACUCUCUGCUCUGGUGUUUUCUCUCUCCCUGCGUCUCGACUAGCAGACAAGGACUCCGCUCACAGCUCUGCAGAGGCUGUGCUGAGGCUGAGCCAGCGUCUGAAGCAGGAUCUCUGGCUACCAUCAACAAGUUAGGUUUGGAGGACGAGAGCAAUGAAAGAGGAACACUUGAUCUUCAAUUAACCAUUUGAGCAGACAUCAGUGCGGUGGAAGGGAAGCUAAAGGUUAAAAAAAAGAAAAAAAAGGAGAAAGGGGGGUCCUAUUCACUGGAGUCACUGGAUGCAACUGAUCAACUUAAAAAUACAUUAUAUAUAUUUCAAGAAUUUGUGGAAUGAAGAAAAAGACUCAACCCUCUUUUAAGCCCGGAUUUUAAAGGACUCAUUUAAAGAAUCAUCUUGGGACAUGGAAUUUAAUAUUUUGUUUCAUAUGGGUGGGCUGAGAAUUGCUUUAUUUCCAAAGAGGCUGAUUCUUUUUGUGCUCACUCAAAAGGGUUUUUUCCCUUUGGAUUUUUUUUCCAUCUGGUCGCUCCAAGAGUCUGCGGAAAAGGACAGUUGAAUGCAGCCUCCGAUGUGCACAAAAGAAUGGGUUUCCAUUCAAGGUGGCCAUUGGUGGGACCUGCACCAGCGGCUCAGUAUCUGUGUGUGAUCAGCAUGCUCCUAGUGUGCCUGCUGCCUCCUGCAUCAUGCACAACCUGCCCUCAAAAAUGCCGCUGUGAGGACCUGCAGUUCUACUGCGACACCCAGGGGCUUCAGGCACCCCCAGAAGGUGUGGACAAGGGGGCUCUGGGAUUGUCUCUACGUCACAAUAGCAUCACCGAACUCAGCCCUGAUCAGUUCUAUGGAUUCAGCCAGCUCACCUGGCUACAUCUAGACCACAACCAGAUUACCACAGUACAAGAGGAUGCCUUUCAAGGGCUCUACAAGCUAAAGGACCUCAACCUGAGUUCCAAUCGUAUCACCAAGUUGCCCAACACAACCUUCAUCCACCUCAUCAACCUCCAGAUCCUGGACCUGUCCUUCAAUCAGAUGACUGCAUUGGAACCAGAACUGUUUCAUGGACUUAGGAAGCUCCAGAUACUCCACCUUCGCUCCAAUUUCCUUCGUACCACACCAGUUCGAGCAUUCUGGGACUGCCGGAGCCUGGAAUAUCUGGGUCUGAGCAGCAACCGUCUACGGAGUCUGGCCAGGAAUGGCUUUGCUGGGCUCAUUAAGCUUAAGGAGCUCCACUUGGAGCACAAUCAGCUGAGCAAGAUCAACUUGGCCCAUUUCCCUCGCCUUGUCGCCCUACAGUUUCUAUAUCUGCAAUGGAAUAAAAUCAGCAACUUAACAUGUGGUAUGGAGUGGACCUGGACCACUUUAGAGAAGCUAGACCUCACAGGAAAUGAAAUUCGUGUACUCACUCCUGAUGUGUUUCAAACGCUGCCAAAUUUAAAGAUUUUGCUGCUGGAUAACAACAAACUUAGCAGUCUGGAUCCCCAAGUUCUGGAUAUGUGGCAGUCUCUGGGCACCAUUGGGCUGUCAAGCAACCUCUGGGAAUGUACCAAAAGGAUUUGCUCUCUGGCCACUUGGCUAAGCACCUUCAAGGGAAGGUGGGAGCAUUCCAUUCUCUGCCACAGUCCAGAAUAUGCUCAAGGGGAGGAGAUACUUGAUGCUGUCUAUGGAUUCCAGCUUUGUCAGAAUUUUUCAGCGCCAGUUGUUCAGACCACUAGUACAACCACAGACGCUUCUACAGCUACAGAUAUCACAAGCUCCUUGUUUGGAAUUAUGCAGCCAACCCCCACGCAGGACUAUGCAGAGGAUUUUGGGAGCUUUACCACAGUCACUACCACCACAACCACAACACAAACAUCACGCACUGCUGAAGCAACUACUUCUACAAUGGAAGAGGCAGCUGUAACGGAGGACUUCUCAGCAAUGGACAACACUGUUAUGACUCAUAGGGUUAUAAUUGGAACUAUGGCCCUUCUAUUUUCAUUCUUUUUCAUCAUUUUUGUUGUGUAUAUCUCACGGAAGUGCUGCCCCCCCACACUGCACCGGAUCCGCCACUGCUCAGCUAUACAGAAUCGGAGACAGAUGAGGACCCAGCAGAGGCAGCCUAUGGCAGAUCUAGCAACACAGGUACCAUAUAAUGAAUAUGAGCCCAGCCACGAAGAGGGGGCACUUGUGAUCAUCAAUGGCUAUGGGCAGUGCAAGUGUCAGCAACUGCCUUACAAAGAGUGUGAAGUAUGAACUCUUAUUUAUUCCUAGAGCAUAUGGUUUUCCAUUUGACCAUUUCAAAUGAUACAGGGUUUGCUUUUUUGAUUUUUUUUUCCAGUUUAUGUAAAAAGCAUAAUUUUUACAAGUGAUAUUUGAGAAUACAUGGGAAAUACUGAAUGCUACAAUGACAGAGGUUGAACGUGACAGUUUAGGGAUGAGGUAGGGAUAGUCACAAAUUUAUUUUUCUAAGAAUGCAAAGUUAUUCAUAUCAGGCAGGGGGCAAUCAUUUUAAACAAAAAAAAUGUAAACUGUGAGAUAUGUCUCCUCCACAUUGUCUCUAUAUUCUGCAGCACAGAGAGAAUACAUAGCCAAAUGGCCCACUGCUUACAGAAUACAUUAGAAUGAGAAAUGUGAUUUAUGUCUCUCUUUUUUUUUUUUUUAAACACAGUUAAUAUUUGAAACCAUGUUUCUAAAUGCACCACAGGCAAUGUAAGCCAAUCACUUAACAUUGGGGAAAAUUAAUUGGUGUUAAAUGUUUUGUUUUACAGUCUCAUUAUUUUGUUGAGAAACAUGAUACAUUAAAGGCUGCUAAGACCAAAUUCACACUAAAUUAAAAAAAAAAAUGCAAUUCCAAAUAAAACAAUACCUAUCUUGAUUCGAGAUUCCAAUACGUUACCCUAGUCAUAUUACUUUUGCCAAAUCAGAAAGGAGUCAUUUUUAGCAAGUCUAUAACCUCCCAUCAAACCAAAUAGCCCUCUGUGCGUCCUGUUUACAGAAUUUAUUUGGGUAGCCAGCCCAUAAAAAUUACUUUUUCUUUUCUU